AUGGGUUUUCAAGUUGUACUUUUUAUAGCCGCGAUUGUUUCAUUAACGGGUUGUCAAUGUUUCGAUAGCUUCAGAUUACCGAACCAUACUAUUCCUGUUCAUUACGAUUUGUUUAUAAAUACUGAUAUUCAUGAAGGUUUGUUAGACUACAACGGAACUGUUGAAAUUCAUUUAAAAGUGCUAGAAAACACACAACAAAUUGUUUUGCACAGCUCGAGAAGCACCAUCGUUAAUAUCACCAUGAAAAAUAGUGACUACGUGCCUGUCAGAAUAGUGAAUUUUGAAUUCGAAAAUGAGCGUGAAUUUCUAAUUGUAAACACAGCAUCUGUGCUAACCACAGGCAGUUUGAUAUGGUUGAAAAUUGACUUCGUGAACAGUAUCGACCGCGAUGAUCGAUCAGGGUUUUACCGGACCAGCUAUAACGAUAAUGAUGGUAAUUUGAAAUAUGCGGGAAUCACUCAGUUUCAGGCGUGUGAUGCGAGGUCUUCCUUUCCCUGCUUUGACGAACCGGGGAUCAAGGCAACAUUCGACGUACGAAUUGCAUGUGGAGCUGAAUAUCAUGCCAGAUCGAAUGCUGAUAUCGCCAGUAUUUCUAUACAAUCCGGUGGAAAGAAACUGGUUACUUUUCAACGGACUCCGGCAAUGCAAACAUAUUUACUUGCAUUCUUGGUAUCUGAUUUUGCCGUGAAACGGGAAUUUGCUAAUGAUUUUAAAAAGAUCACAAUUCAAUCGAUGGCACGUCCCACACACGCAGAUCAGCUGGACUACUCACUCGAUGCAUCUGUCAAGCUCAUAAACGAACUGCAGACAUAUUUCGAUCAUCCAUUUGAAAUUAAUAAACUUGACAGUGUCGGAAUACAAAACGUUGACUUUUCCGCAGGAGCAAUGGAAAACUGGGGACUGGUUACCUAUUUAGAGUCAUAUUUCUUGGUUAACGAUGAAUCAACAGAGAGCAGAAAACGAGAUGUCGCAACGGUUAUAGCACACGAAUUCGCUCAUCAGUUUUUUGGGAACCUACUGGCACCGAAAUGGUGGUCCUAUCUAUGGCUCAACGAAGGAUUUGCAACCUUGUACGAAUAUUACUUGAGUGACCGAACGCAUCCUGAGCUAGAGAUAAAAAAUCGAUUUUCCGAUUCAGUUCUUCAGGCUGCUCUUCUAACGGAUGGCAGUGCAACGGUGCGACCAAUGACACAUUACGUGGAAACAGUACCAGAAAUUGAAAGGCUGUUUGAUAGAGUUGCUUAUGAUAAAUCUGCAAGUGUGCUCAGGAUGCUGCACUACUCACUCGGGGAGCCGACCUAUCUCAAAGGAUUAAAAUACUACAUCAAAGAACACCAAAAUUCCGUGGUAGAGCCGCGAAAUCUGUUCGAUAGUCUCCAGCGAGCAGCUCUUGAAGACAGUCAACUUCCACCAAACUUCACAAUGACUGAGAUUCUAGGAUCCUGGGCUAACCAACCAGGUGUUCCAAUAAUCACUGUUAUGCGAAUACCCGAAAGUGAAGACGUAAUUUUCCAACAAAAGCGUUAUUUUUUAACUGAACAACCAACAGAAAAUAAUCAGACUUGGUGGAUUCCAAUCUUUCUUUUGACAAACGAUAGUUCAAAUGUCAACGACCAAACAUCACUCUUCUGGUUACCGCAAGGAUCAAAGGAAAUAGUUAGAAGCAUUCCGAUUCGAAAUGACACCGGUGUUAUUAUCGUGAACCCUGCUCAAAGAGGAUACUAUCGAGUGAAUUAUGACUCUGCUAUGUGGAAGGCUUUCGAACUGUUGCUUCAUUCAAAACCGGAAUCAAUUGAUCAAUUAACCAGGGGUCAACUUAUUGACGACUCCAUGAAUUUAGCACACGCCGGUGAGUUGAAUCAUGAGACUAGUUUUCGCAUACUGGACCAUCUACGAAACAAUAGUGAUUUUCUGCCAUGGCAAGCGGCUUACCGUAACAUACUACGGUUAGAGAAAAUGCUCAGUCCUGAUCAAACCGCGUUGAAUCUUUUCCGUCAGUACCUCAGCGUCCUAACUAAAACUUUGAUAGAAACAUAUGGUAAAGAGGAACGCAUGGGUGAGAAGGCAAAUGAUCAUGAUGUACGGGUAAUAGCCGUUGAUCUUUACUGUAGAUCAGGACAAAGUAAAUGUAAAGAUUAUGCCCAAAAGAAGAUGAAUAUCGCACAACAACGAGCACAUUUGUUGGCUAUCCAGUCUCAAGUCGAACAACAAUGGUAUUGUAAUGGCUUGAGGAACGCACGCCAAGUCGAAGUACAAAUAUUCAAAGAAGCCCUACAAGUCCAAACAGACUCACUAAGUAGACUUUACCUAAGUAAUUCACUUGCAUGUGUAGGUAACCGAGAGCAACUGAACCAGGUAAUGGAAUUUCUAGCUGAGAACACUGCUAACAAUGCGGAAUUAAGCAAAUUUAUAUCCACCACCGUAAUCCAAAGUGAAGUGGGAUUGGAAACAGUACUAGCGUUUUUAUACAAAAAUGUUAACCGUAUUGAUGACCUAUUUGGCAGCAAACGGAAAGUGGAAAAAAUAAUCGAUCUAAUCGCCAAUGAAAUCGUUGAUAGUACGAAUGCCGAACAGUUGCUUAAAUUAACGAAAGCCCUAAGCAUUUCAAGUGACCUUGAGAAAAGCAUCACUGUCCGGUUAGAUGAACAAAUACGUUGGCAGAAGCGGAACGUGGGUCUAGUUUACAUGACUUUAAAAAAAAUUCUUUUGUAA